AUGCGAAUCAAUGAGCGGAUCGAUCGAUGGACAGACGAGGACCCAGACGAGGACACCAAUGAGCGUCUUUCCGAAGAACGAGUAUCUCCAGAGAGCAGGCGGGAGAUCGAUGAAAUCAUGCAGCUUGCAAAGGAUACUGAGGAUCUCUACGACAAGGUCAAAAGUGCCUGGGCUAAAAAGGCUAUAGACCUGAAGUACCCGCAACUCAACAAACUCUACGAUGCGAUCGAAAAGGCGGACAAGAUCCUCGAUGUGCCAGACCAGAACCCUGACGAGACAGCGUCAGACACAACGUGGAUUUGGCUGUUGGCGGCUGUCCAGAGGAUGGAGAAAGAAUCCAAGGAGUGGGAUGAGAAGAAGCGCGAACAGGAUGUCGGGAGACUGUACACGAAGAUUGAGUGGAAACCAUCGCUCGCGGUGAAGAUUCAAGCAAUGCGCAGGAGCUUCGACGCCAACCCUGCGAUCAAGAAGCCAUACGCCACUACAACUAUCUCCCACCUGGUUGAACUCGCCUCAGUUCUCGGGCUUUACUGGAAAGUCUUCGAUCGAGAAGAUAACAAAUACCGCGCUGAGGGCAACGGUUAUAGCUUAACGGGCUCUCGCAUUGCGGAUUUCGGUAUCGUUUUUGUUUUCGAAAAGGUUGGUCACCCAAGUUUCGAGAAGGGAAGAAUCAUUCCGGCAUACGAGGUCAAGGAGCUGUGUUUUGGCAGAGUGCCAACUCUAUUUCGUGAAGAACUGCCGAAAAACGAUGUUGAGUGGUUGAAACCGCUGAAAACGUCGUCGUCUACCAGACUUAAGAUUCUGCAAUUGGGGAGCCGUGAGGAGAUCAUGGAGAGUCUCACUUCGAUCGGUUGCAAUGUCAAUACGACACUGUACUUCAAAGAACCGGGCCACGAUAAACAUCUCUUCCCAGUGACAUUCGAGAUCAUGGGAAUGCUGGCUCGGGUGCUUCACAUCAAGGACACAUGCUUCCGAUAUCUGCCAAACCCAACAGUUUCUCCCUGGAACAAGGAGUCGUUUUCUCUCCGUCGUCUUCUUAUUGCGUUUAAUGCACGCUUGCAAAGACACGUCACAACCAUUGAAGAAAGCAUUCUCGAGCAAGAAGACCAGGAAGGUGACAUUCCGCCCGAAGCGACGAUAGAAAAACGAAAGAUGAGAGACUUGGCGGGGAAAGCUGCAAGUCUUGACGGUGUGCCCGCAGACGAGACAGAACUCAGCUACUCCCGGAUGAAUGCGUUUCGCGAAGCGAUAAAAUGGUGCGACGGUAUUCUCACGGAAGAGGACCUCCGCAAGGGAGUGCUGGAUGUGCUGCGCCGCCACCUUCAUAUGGUUUUGGCAACCAUCAACUCAUCGGCUCCUGCGGACAAGGGCGACAAACAACAUGCGAGCAGCGAACAGACCAUAUCUUUCGAGCGCUUACUCAAGACACCCCUGGAAAAGAGGGAAGAUAAGUUCAUGGACAUAUACUUCGACUCUAUCGUGUGGGAAGUUAUUAGCUCUGAUGAGCAUCAUGGAGAGGAGCAACAAGUUUCACGGGCUAUCCACGAGGAUAUGGAGAACACCCAACGUACGCGGGCAGAACAUAGGAAUGCUGCGAACGAAAGAUCGCUCCCAGUCAGCUCCCAGAACGAAGAAUCCCCUCAAACGCCAGACGGCCAAGAAAUCUCCUUCCCAGGCCUGACGCAUAGGAAAACUUGGCCACCACGAGAGGAGACAAAGUUGGCAGAGGCCAGGGGCAAAGAAACGCCAAACUGGAAAGAGCGUGUCAGAUCACCCUCUGACAUGAAGCGAUUGACCAUUUGGUACACGAUGGUGUUCAGAAUGGUAUGCUGGUUGACGCUUCAUGACUUCGACAAAAGGGAUGUUCAAUUACCUCCCAGCGAGCUCAUUGGCAGCCGACAGCCUGUGUUCAUCAUGUAA